AUGUUGAGAUCGACUAUUCAAAGAACUGUCAGACUUGCGUCUAGAGCUAAGGUAGGUUCUGGAGCUGUUCUAGUUUCCAGUAAUCUCGCAGCGUUGCGCUCAAGUCCGGCUUGUAUGGUGAGUGCUUUCAAAUAUUCCACUAAAAUUCCACCCAAAUUAACCGCGGAAUCCUAUCCCAAUAUUGAGCGCCUUCCACAAUACAAAAAGCUAACACAGGAGGAUUUGUCAUUUUUCCAAUCGAUCAUGUCUGAAAGUGAAAUUCUGCAGGCUACCGCAGAUGAAGACCUGGCCCUGUUUAAUGAGGACUGGAUGCGCAAAUAUAAAGGUCAAUCGAAGCUAGUGUUGAGACCCAAAACUGUGGAACAAAUCUCUCAAAUUCUCAGAUACUGCAAUGACCAGAAAUUGGCGGUUGUUCCACAAGGUGGUAACACGGGUUUGGUCGGUGGAUCUGUACCAGUCUUCGACGAAAUCGUUCUGAGUUUGAACCAGCUCAACAAAAUUCGUGACUUCGAUCCUGUAAGUGGUGUCUUAAAAUGUGAUGCCGGUGUCAUUUUAGAGAAUGCAGACUCUUACCUAGCGGAAAAUGGGUAUAUUUUCCCACUGGAUUUGGGCGCCAAGGGUUCUUGCCAUGUUGGCGGUGUCGUAGCUACCAACGCCGGAGGUCUGAGGCUAUUGCGUUAUGGCUCAUUGCACGGAACCGUUUUGGGUUUGGAAGUUGUUAUGCCAAAUGGUGAAAGUAUGAACUCCAUGCACGCUCUUAGAAAAGACAACACUGGGUAUGACUUAAAGCAGAUGUUCAUAGGUUCCGAAGGCACCAUUGGUAUUAUUACCGGUGUCUCGAUUUUGACUCCUCCACGUCCAAAAGCUAUCAACGUCAGCUUUCUUGGUGUCGAUAGUUAUGAGGCAGUGCAAAAAGUGUUUGUGAAAGCUAAACAAGAGCUUUCCGAAAUUUUAUCUGCUUUCGAGUUUAUGGACCUCAACUCCCAGAAGUUGGCGAAACAUCACUUAAAGGAUGUAAUUCACCCUCUUGAAGAUGAAUACCCAUUUUAUGUCUUGAUUGAAACCUCGGGCUCUAAUAAAGAACACGACGACGUCAAACUCGAAACCUUUUUAGAGAAGGCAAUGGAAGAUGGCACCGUUCUCGACGGUGUUGUGGCGCAGGACGAAACUGAGUUGCGUAAUUUGUGGCAGUGGAGAGAGAUGAUUCCAGAGUCUAGUCAAGCUGGGGGCGGAGUCUACAAGUAUGACGUCUCGUUGCCACUCAAAGAUUUAUACUCUCUUGUCGAGGCCGCAAACGACAGAUUGGCCGAAAAAGAUCUUCUGAGCGAAACAGAUUCUUCAAAACCAGUUAUCAGCGCUGUCGGUUACGGCCAUGUUGGCGACGGUAACCUACAUUUGAAUGUAGCCGUCAGAGAAUACACGAAGGAUGUUGAAAAAGCUCUCGAACCCUUUGUUUACGAGUAUGUUUCCUCGAAGAACGGCUCAAUUAGUGCUGAACACGGUCUAGGCUUUCAAAAGAAGAACUAUAUUGGAUAUUCUAAGAACGAUCAAGAGAUCAAGAUGAUAAAACAAUUGAAGAGCCUUUACGACCCUAACGCUAUUUUGAACCCUUACAAAUACGUUUGA